AUGGACAGCCUCGAGAUGAACCUCCUGAUCGAGAACUACAUAGACGAGGAAAGGAUGUGCCACAACUUCCCCUUCAGAAAGUUCCAGCUUCUGCUGUACGCCUAUAGGAAUUACCACCAGACGGUUUACCUGCGGAAGAAGGAGCUAGCUAAUGUGGAGAGUCAUGCUAGAUGCAAGGGUAGCGAUUCUAAAAACGGGUUCGAGGGUGGUAGCCAUGAAGCGUUAGAUGUGAACUCGGUAAAGAGCCAAUAUAAUUAUAAAAAGAAGAAGAAAAAGAAGAAGCAAAUAUCUUUUGGUACCUCGGAGAGCUUUCUCAGUAACGUCAGUGCCGGUGGACGAAGGAAGGGUGCGCACUUUGUGGGGGCCCCCGAGGUUUCUAACCCAGCGUCGGGUGCGAACGAUGCAUCGGCAGCCACCAGAGCGGUGGAGAGUAACCGCACGGCGGCGUCUACUCACACAGCAAACAUAGCUGCUAUCAGUGAGAACGUCCCCUUUGCCAGUGCCGAGGUGAAUGUGGCAUCCCACGAAACAAAUGAAGACCAGGUGGAGAAACUCCCCGGGCAAGGGAAGAACCAUGGGGUGAAAGCAUACAAACGAAUCAACCCGGGCAAUAGAGCAGACAGUUUCAUUUUACCAAAACAGUCAGAUUUACCUGAACAUGUUCAGGCUGUUGAGGACUACUCGGAAGAAGAUAUGAUCAAACUGGUUUACUAUUUUUUGGGGAAGUUUAUGUUUAGUAAGGAUAGGAAGAAGAAGAAUAAGCUGAGGGGGAAGAACAGCUUGCUGUUGAUGUUGGAGAGGGAGGAGGAUGGCGAAGCGAAUCCGGUGGUGGGUUCGAAGGGACAAAAGAAGAGGGCAGUGAAGGGCGCGCCCAGGGGUGCUUCUCGGGGGAGGGGCAAGAGUGGUGGGGCGGCAAACGGGGUGGAGACAACUGAGGUGGUGAAGGGGGCGGCAAACGGGGUAGAGAAAGGGGCGACGAACGAGGUGCAGGAAGGAGUCGCAACUGAGGUGAAGUUAGAAAUGAGCAACGAAGCGGAGCAGGACGCACGGGAGAAACGGCCAAUCGAGCAGGGGGGGGAGAAACCCGCAGAGGGGGGCGAUGGUACAGAGAGAAGUGCACUUGGAGAGGUGAGGGAGGAGUGCACGGGGGAGGCGGUUGGAGGUGGUUCAGCAGUGGCAGGGGUUGUAGAUGGCGCCGAAGUGAAGAUUGCCCCUGAUAGUGCCGACGUGAAAGCCGCCCCUGAUAGUGCCGAUGUGAAAAUCGCCCCCGAUAGUGCCGACGUGAAAGCCGCCCCUGAUAGUGCCGAUGUGAAAAUCGCCUCCGAUAGUGCCGACGUGAAAGCCGCCGCGGAGGGAGAAGACCCCUCCGGCAGGAAGCGAAAGGUGAAGGAGAAAAGGGAGCGACCAAAUAAGGGGGCCAGCGAAGUGAACAGCUCAGAGUGGGGGAAGACGACAAACCCGUAUGGAGAAGCGCACGAGAAGAAUGGGAGAGCGUGCGCGAGCAGUGACGCCUACGACGAUGCAGUGAGGCACGCAGGAGAGGCAAACGCAGAGGCAGACGCGGAAGAAGAGAGAAGACUCGAACUAAUCAUUAACACCUUCAUGAGCAGAAGGCAAAUUUGUUUUUCCAUGAACGACAUUUUUUACCCCUUCACGAAUCGGAAUCUAAACAUGUCUAGGAAGAAGCACCAAAACAAGAAGUUGGCAAAGAAUAGAAUAUUUGAGCGUUCUAAUAAUAGGUUUUCUAGAAUUUUUGGACAUGUCGACCUUCUCGACCCACGAGAUAGUGCACCCUCGAGGCGGUACCUGAAAAGUAAGGUAAUCUACGGAAAAUUGAAGAAAGGGCUGAAUCUGCUCCUUAAACAUGAAAAGAAGAAGAAGAGGAAGUACAGGCGACAUGGGGCAGCCGCUAAGGUUGAGGACGUCGUGUUGGUUCCCCCGGAUGGUGAGGGGGUGGAGGGUAGUCACAGCAAUGUGGGGGGACACGCCGUGAACGUCAGCAGUGGGAACAUCAACAGUGGGAACAUCAACAGUGGGAGCGUCAACGCGAGUGCUGGCGGUCCUCCUCUCGGAAGGGCCGUCGGAAGGAAGAAAGGCAACAAAGGUGCCGCGCAUGCCGCCAACGAGGAUGAAAAAAUGUUGGGUGUAACUUGGCCCAUAAAGGAAAAUGAGGCGAACUCUCCCGCCAAAAGUGCGAAGGAGAAAUCCGGGCGAGGAAGGAACGCCGGAGAGAAGAAGGGGGUCAAGGCGAACCUUGCACUUGUGAAUGUAAUUCCCAGCGAGGGGUGCGGCAGCGCCAUGCAGAUGCACGAGGCGCAGCGCGGUGUUCCCCUCCAGAUGGGCGACCCCCGCUUCGACCUGCACGCGGUUGGAAGGAUGGAAGCUGUGGGAUCGGUAGGAGCUAUGGGAGCGGUGGGAUCAAUCCGAGGCAGCAAGAAUCAGGCGAGGCCCAGCCCGAGGAAGCACACCUCACAGGGGAGAAGCAAGCAGAGGGAUUCGGGCAGCACCUACGAUGGCCUGUUUAGUGGCGAAGGACAAAUGAGGGGGGUGAAGGCCAAGGGGAAGGAGGGGUACAGCAAGAUCGGCAUGGUGGACGCAGCCGUGCCCGGCUACUACGUCGGCGGGGAGGUUAGCGGUCAGGUUGGCGGUCAGAUUAGCGGCCAUGUAAGCGGCCAGAUGAGCAGCCAAAUGAGCGGCCAGAUGAACAGCCAGAUGAGUAACAAUUUUAACACCCAACUGAGCAGUCACAUGGGAAGCCAAAUUGGAAGCCAUCUAGGAAGCCAAGUUAGGAGCCAUGCUGGGAGCCAUCUAGGAAGCCACGUGGGCAGCCAGGUGAGCACCCCCCUCCGAUACGACCAGCCGGCCUACAACCUCCCCGGAGGAGCAACCCCAGCGAACACCCCCAACAAGGGCUUCAGUAAGAAGGAGAAACCGGGCGCGAGAAAAAGCGUGCAAAAAGUGAGCAGCAUGUCUAAGGAGCCGUCGUUCUAUAACGCGCCACCUGCCACGACAUCGGUUGCUUCUGUUGCUUCCGUUGCUUCGGUUGCAUCGGCCGCUUCUGUCGCUUCUGUCGCUUCUGUCGCUUCUGUUGGUUCGAUUGGUUCGAUUGCCUCAAUUGCUGGUGGGGGAGGUUUCUACCCGUACGGCGGCUUCCACUCCGCUAGUAGCGUUGACAAACCGAGUGGAAUGAUGCCCCCCCAUGGGUCGGGCAGCAACAGCACGGGUGUCUAUAGAAUGAGCAACGCAGAAGACCAGAGGUACACACAGGAAGCUCACACAAGGAAGCCCUACAUUCAGAAUGAAGCGACAAGUAAAAUAGAUUUCUCACGCAGUAGCUACACGUUCAACGGUGCCAAUGACCACGCACAGAUGAGUGGACCGUUUGGUGUUGAUAUGAAUCAUUAUGGGAAUGGCAACGUGUUUGGGGAGAGACAACCAGGUGAAGAGAGCUUUAAAGGCAGUGUGAUGCAGUCGGGGGUGUUCGGCAAGGAGCAUUAUAGCCAUUUGAGUGGGACCCCCAGAAGUAGGGCGAAAAAGAACUUAAAGAGCGGAAAGAAGGUCAGCAGCGUGAGGGGAGCCCCCAAUGUUGGGGGCAGGCGGAAGGGCGCUGCGAAUCAAAUGGGGAGGGAUGCCAUAUUGGGAGGGAGUGAGCAGGGCGGGAGAUAUGAUAGCAACUUCGGCAUGGGUGAGCAGGGCAGCAGAUACGACAGCCACAUCGGCAUGGGUGAACCGAGCGGGCAGGAUAACGAUGAGGAUGGCAGAGGCCCAGGUGCAGGCAGCAUCUCCGUGGGGCAUUGCUACGAUGAGAGCAAGAGUAACUUUCACAACAGGAGGGGGAGAGACGACGAUAAUAAUAAUGAUGGGAGCACUUCGUGCGGCGGUGGAAGAGGAGGAAUGGGGAUGGGAGGUGGCUACUUCGUGGGGGGUAGUUACCACGUGGGUGGACAUACCUCCGGCGGGAGGGGAGGCAGCGUGCCGGGCGAGAAUCGUUACAAGGGGCGGCAGGGGGAGCAGCAUUGGGGGCAUCGGCAGGUGCAGAGAGGUGAGGGGGUGAGUGGUGCCGUUGAAAGUGGGCCCAUUGGCGUAGGAGGAAGCAGCGCGGUGAGCAGCUUGGGUAACGGCUUGGGAAGCACCGGCGUGAGCACCUGCGUGAGCCACCCCGCGGAGGGCGCGAGGAUGAGCGAGACCCUGCUGCACUCCAGUCUGAACCGCCAACUCCUGGAGGGGAAGGCAAGAGCAGAUAAAACGGCGAGUGAAAUGGUGGGCAGCAAGGGGACCAGUGUAAGGUGCACCAUCGUUGGAAACGUCACCUGCAUCGAUAGUGUGGUGGUAGGUCCUAGUGAUGACGCGGUGAAUGGGAAGGAUCUUCCUGGCGACCCCUCCAGGGGGAAGCCAAGCAACGAUGUCAGUACGCUGGGCAAAGGAACGAUCAUUACGAAGAAGCAAAAUCAAAAGGGAACAUCUAAGGAGGGGCACCUCACACCAGUUAACGAUCGGGUGAAGGAGCCAGUUGCAAGCAAUGGUAGUAAGAGGACGUGCGAAGUGAGCAUGUCCUAUGCGUCCCCAUCGGAGGGGGGGAGUAAGGCCGGCGCGGGCAACGCCGCUUUUAAUUUCCCACGGAAUGGAGGCAUAAGUUUCGAUAGCGCUGUGGGUAGCGCUGUCGGGGGGGAAGCGAAGAGGGUGACUUCUUUGCAGACGAUGGAGCAGUUGAACCAAGGGGGUGCAAAGGAUGAGCUUGGGGGAUUUACAAACGAGGCCCCCCAAAACGGUGGGCUCAGCAAGCAUAGCCAUGGUAGCAACGGAAGCGCCAAGCGGGUGAGCGAAGACGCAUCAACGACGGGCUGCAGCAGCACCGGUCAGGUGAGACCAGUGGCAGAUGCGGGGUUAAAUGGGAAAGGAGCGACUCAGCUUAAUAACUCCUCGGAGCAAACAUACAUGGAAGGUGCUAACUUGUGCGUAGCUACCUCCCUUGAUGUGCACAAGGAGGGGAAGAAGACAGAAGCGGUCAGCGGGGGGUACCUCCACCACGGAAUGAGCAAACCUGUUAGGAUGAAUGGCAACCAGGAGGUAGGUCCCCUUGGUGAUUCCCCCCCCAGUGAUGAAGCAGGAAAAGACCAUCAAACGUUAAAUUUGAGUGAACCACUAGACCACCACGAUGUUGUGAUUAAGGGGUACAGUAGAACACCCGAUGGAGCAUUUGGCAGGGGGGAGAUUAACAAAACGGUGGAGAGUGGUGGCCCAAGGGAUGACUUCUCCUUCCGAUUGAGGACUUCCCAUUCGAAGGGGAAUUAUUAUGCAAGUGAAUCCCCAGCUGUGCAGGUGAAAAAGGACCCUCUGCAACGGUGCGUAGAUGAGAGGGGAAUACACAACUUGGGGAGCUUUAAAAUUCAGGCGAUUGGAGGUGUAGGCAGCUACAAGGAGGAAUUGCCUGCAUGUGUGUGGGGGGAGAAGCCGGGUGGAGGUGGCAUUGGCGUAGGCACUGGAAGUAGCGAGAAUCGGCUCCCCCCCGUGGCGGUGCACCCGUGCGGCAUGAAGAGGAAGGUCCCCUCUCUUUCGCAGACCCUGCAGGGAGGCAAGAAGGCGAAGGGGGGGUUGGCAGCGGGCCCCCCAGGUGGGAGCGGUGGUGGUGGUAGCGGCAGGACCGAGGGGCAGAGCAUAUCGCCUAGCAUUGCACCUAUCCGUGUGCAGAGCCACUCGAUGAGCCGCCUCACAAAUGGGCCGGGGAACCCGCUCCCCCCCAGUCACCCGCAUAGCCAAGCGCAGAAGCCCUUCCCCCUGGCGAGCGAUGGGUAUGCAGUCGCAAGGAGCGCGGCCAGUAAGGUGCUGAUCAAGACACCCAGCGUGGCAGAAGCCGUGUCACCGCUAAACGGAAUGAAGCCCCCAAGAGAGCUCCCACCCCCCGCAGCAGUGGAGGCGUCCGACCGAGUGGAAGUGACCAACGAUAGGAAGAGCAGCACGCAGAAGGUGGAGCCCAAGUGGCCCCCGCUGAGCAACAGCAGCUUCAGUUUUAAUGCAAAUGUGAAUGCAAAUGUAAAUGUAAAUGCGAGUGGAGAGUAUGAGCGAAGGGGGCUUGUGGGGAAACCCCCCGACAAAGGUGCCUGCACAGGAAAUGCUAGCUGUGGGGAGAAAGCCACGAGUAGCAGCAUGCGGAGGGGGGUGCUGAGGAGUGAGAUGGGGCAUGUGUAUGGGCACGUUGGAAGGACGGUGUCUGACGCGAAGCUGCAUUCCAUUCGGUCGGUCAGCUACGCCAUGAAUGGGGAGAGUGAGCGCAGAAGGAUAAACGCGGGGGGGGUGCUCCAAAGGGUCGUGGAGGUUAGCGGUAACGGUAGCGGUAACGGAAAUGGUAGCAGCAGUAGUGGCAGUGGCAUCGGCAGCAGUGGGGGUGGGGAGAGCAGGAGAUACUCCCUGUUGGGCAGCCGGAAGGAGCGAGAAAACCCCCCCCAGGGAGGCAUCCAAGAGCGUGCGAAGGUGCGCGCGCUGCCCGCAGAGGGGAAGAAGCUCACCCUGGGGAGUCACGACGUUUGCGGUGGUGGUGGUAGUGGCAGCAUAGACGUUGCUGGGCGCAUCGACGUUCCUGGUCGCAUUGACGUUCCUGGCCGAAUUGACGUUCCUGGCCGAAUUGACGUUCCUGGCCGCGUUGACGUUCCUGGCCGCGUCACAGGAGACUGGCGAAAAUUGCCCCCCUUUAGCAAAGAACCGAGCGGCAGUAGCGUCGUGGCGAAGGUGUGUGGAGGUGUUGUGAAGGGCUGCCAAAAUGGAUACAUCGGAGAGGGACGGGGUGAACAUCACGUGGACCCCUUGGGUGUGGCGACGCCCGGAAAGCUCUGCGUACCGAAAGACUUGCAAAAGGAGAAGUUGGAAGGAGCAGAACUCCCCAGCGAAGCGGUGAUGUACGCCCAUCCGCAGACACACAGAGAUUUCUACAGUAACAAGAUUGCAAAAGAGGUUAGCAACGAGAAGGGUAGCGGCGUGAUCCUGAGCAGCAAUGGGGUGGACCCCAUCCUGGCGAAUGGCCUCGGGGACAGCUCCAAGCUGGUGAGCAGCAUGAAUAGCCUUGCGGGGAGGUCGCUCGUGGGGAAGCAGCUCAUAGAGAAGCCGCCGAUGGGGAAGCCGCUCAUGGAGAAGUCGCUGACGGGGAAAGGGCUAACCGGGACACCGCUGAACGACGUACAAAGAGAAGCCGCCAACGGUGCAGCGAGGAACGCUGUGUGCUCGUGGGACGAAGGCAGCAUCCCCCCCAAGGGGCCCCUAAACGAUGUUAAAAUAGGCAACAGGGUGGAGUUCUUUGACCAGCAGAACUCAAAUUCAGCAGCCGUCAAGGAUGAAGAGGAUGGAGUGAAACUAAAAAUCUCGAAAAAGAAAAGAGGAAAACCAAAAGAAACAUUCCUACAGGAUGGCGGAAGCGACGUGAAGGAGCAGGUCGCGUCCGAUAAGACCAUCGACGAUGAGUUCCCUCUGUGCGAUAUGGGGGAGGAGAACCCCAAUGAGGAGGCCAAGUCGAAGCCCAAGCGGUCCAGGAGGUCUCGCGGCGGGAAGGACGGAGACGACCAGGUGGUCACGGGUGCCUACGACGAGAACGGGGAGAAGGUCUCCGGGGUGUGGUACGACACCAACAGGAGACUCUGGCGAGUCAUGUACAUGGAGAACGACAAGCGGAAGACGAGGGGCUUCUCCCCGCGCAUUUACGGCUUCAACCUCGCGAGGGACUUGGCCGUGAAGCUCAAAUACGAGAUGAUGGAGAAGAAUAAGAAGUGA